AUGAGACGAGCCAUGAGUCGCACCCUCCGUGAUGUCGCUGUCCCCUCGUCGUUCCUCCGGCUCACGCCCGACCCCAGACUCAAUACGCCCGAAGCCGCCCGGGCCAAUCAGGACAAUUUGACCCAUACCCCGAGGAUCGUCCCCGAUGGCCACUACUCCUACGCCUUACCCGAACCGAGAAAACAAUAUGUGUACUUGAUGCUGAACCCUCGUGCCAUGGCGGACUUAGGCCUCGACCCCGCCCAGGUGUCUCAGGUCGAGUUUCAGCUGGUGGUGCUGGGCGAGGCGUGGCUCGAUCAACAAGAACACGCGUCACAAUUACCGCCGCCAUGGGCCCAGGCUUAUGCCGGCUACCAGUUCGGUCAAUUUGCCGGCCAGCUUGGUGACGGACGCGUGGUCAACUUAUUUGAUAUCCCUAAGUCUCAGCCACUGGCUCUGGAAGCGUUGAAGCAACGCGCCGUGUAUGAACUCCAAUUGAAAGGGGCGGGUAAAACUCCCUAUCUGAGGUUUGCUGAUGGCAAAGCGGUGCUUCGUUCCCUGAUUCGUGAGUACAUUAUCAGUGAGCAUUUAAACGCGUUGGGGAUCCCUACCACUCGAGCGUUGCUGCUUACUUACUUGCCGCAAACAUAUGCCCAACGGUACCGGGCGGAGAAGUGUGCCAUUGUCGCUCGUUUCGCUGAGCUGUGGGUCCGUUUAGGCAGUUUUGACCUUUGUCGCUCGCGUGGCGACCGUAAAGGAUGUCGUUUACUCGCUAAUUACGUCAUUGACGACCUAUUCCAAAAUGAGUUUAGCGAGUUUGACAAGCUUAAACCGCUUGCCGACCUUAAAGCGGCACCGUCAACCCUUUCUACGUAUGAUAAAAUGUACUUGGAAGUGGUGGCUCGCAACGCCUACACCGCCGCUCGCUGGCAAGUGUAUGGGUUUUUGAACGGGGUGCUCAACACCGAUAACACCCUGAUCGUGGGGUUGCUGAUGGACUUUGGCCCCUUCCUGAUCAUGGACAAGUUCAACCCCAACUAUACCCCGAACCUGGAGGACCACGACUUACGCUACCUGUACAAAAACCUGCCGACGGCGAUCUGGUGGAACUUGACUCGUCUUGGCGAAGAUCUCGCUGAGCUCUUAGGGGCAGGUCCAGAGAAUUGUGACAACCCUGACUGGCUGGCUAAAGACCACGAGGACGAAGUGGUGAGUCGAGCCACUAAGGUCAUCGAGGCCGGGGGUGAAUUGUACCAGUACGCCUUCACCAAGUCCUAUGUGGAAGGAUUUUUCGACCGGUUAGGUCUCUCGCAUAAGCUCAUUGAUUACUCGGAUAUCGACCACUUCCACCAGGUGCUUGUGGCGCCGUUGCUCCAGCUUCUCUUCCGGUUACAGUGUGACUACAACAAGUUCUUCCUCCAAUUAGCCAAGCACUAUCCGAUUGAGGAUGCUGCUACGGUGGCUAAGGCGUUAAUCGAUGAGAUUGAAGACCAUUUGGACUCCGCUGAGGAAGUGGAGCUUACGUCGUUGGCCACUGAGUGGCUUGCGGCUUACCGCUCCUACAUCGUCAAGCAACAAGACAUUGACCCUGACUUUGUUAAUCGUCAAGCUCAGGCUAACCCGUUAUUCCUCCCCCGCGGGUGGAUCCUCGACGAAGUGAUUGAAAAGACCGAGGAAAGCCAGGGUACCGAUUUACACUACUUGGAGAAGCUCCAGAAGAUGUCGCUGAACCCUUACGACGCGUCGCAAUGGGGCGACGAAUUGAAGGAUGUGGAACAGCUGUGGAUGGUCCAGGGCGAUAAAGACGGCCAGGCCAUGCUCCAAUGUCUGUGCUCGCUGUAG